AUGGGUUUCAAAGUCAUCAUCGUCGGCGGCAGCGUCGCCGGCCUGUCGCUCGCCAACAUGCUCGAGCAGCUCAACAUCGACUACACCCUCCUGGAGGCGUACCCCGAGAUCGCGCCCCAGGUCGGCGCCAGCAUCGGCCUGCUGCCCAACGGCUUCCGGAUCCUAGACCAGCUCGGAUGCUACGAGCCGAUUCUGGACAUUGCCGGGGACUUCCACCUGAAGUCCUCCUUUCGUCAAUCAGAUGGCAAGGCCAUCGUCCCACCCAGCAGCGCCGCUACUCACCACUUGGAACGUCGGACCGGGUACGCUUCCAUUUUCAUCGACAGACAGAUGCUCCUUCAAGUCCUUUACGACAACUUGAAGCAAAAGGACAGGGUAGUUCCGGAGAAGAGGGUGAAUAGCAUCGAGCUUAUCGACGGGGGCGUGCUUGUCCACACAAAGGACGGCUCCGUUUACGAGGGAGACAUCGUCGUCGGAGCGGACGGUAUCCACAGCACCGUGAGACAGGAGAUGUGGCGGAUCGGCCACCAGCAAAGCCCCGGUUACUUUCCCCAAGACGAACACUCCAGAGUACCCGUCGCCACAAGAUGCAUUUUCGGCAUCUCCAAGCGCCCGUCCAACCUGCCGGCCGGCACCCAGCAGAUGGUCCACAACAUGGGCUGGAGCUACCUCAUUGUCGGCGCGCCCGGCAACCGGACCUACUGGUUCCUCUUCGAAGGCGUCGGCGAGACCAAGUACGGCAAGGACAUCCCGCGGUACACCAAGGAGGACACGGAGACGCUGGCCAUGGCGCACCUGAAGGACCCGAUCUACGACAACGUGACGUUCGGGGACAUUUACAAGAACCGCAUCAUGGCCACGCUGGUGCCGCUCGAGGAGUACGUCUUUGAGAAGUGGCACUACAAGCGGAUCGCCUGCAUCGGAGAUGCCAGUCACAAGAUCGAUCCCAUCUCCGGCCAGGGAGGCAACGGCGCCAUCGAGGCCGCCGCGAUCCUCACCAACGCCCUGACCGACAUGCUGGAAAGAAACCCCAAGAGCCAGUCCGCCGCCGUCGUCGAGGAGGCGCUGGCCCAGGUCCACGCCAACCGCCACGCUCGUGCCAAGGACCUCGUCGCCAGCGGCCACCAGCUCCAGCAGGUCCUCACCGGCCGCUCGCCCGUCUCCAAGCCGGUCAUCAACUACCUGAUCCCGCUCAUGAAGGAGGACGGGUUCCUCGGCACGGCGGUGCCCAUCUGCAAGGCGAGCCACCACGUCCACCGGCUGCCGAUGCCCAACAGGCCGCGCCUCGUGCCCUUUGACGACGAGCUCCCCGCGCGGCCCCUCAACAACAAGACGGCCUCCAAGGUCGUCACGCUGUUGGCAUUUGGGUCCCUGGCGGCGCUUCUCGCCAGGUCCGGGGGCCUCGCUCAUCUCUCCACGCUCCUGGACGGCUUCUGGUCACAGGCCAGACUGGCAUCUGCCGGAGUCUCGGGCGUGAGUCUGGCCCAGGGGUUCUCCGGCCUGCCCAGCAUCGUGUCUGCGGGCAGCUUGAUCCAGGACGUGCAGUUCCGCUCGAACCUGUUCUCCGCCCUCGCCAUCUGGCUCGCGGAGGGCCAUCGGGUCGGCAACAGGCUCUCCGUACUUCUUUGGCCAUCCCUUUCCGGCGCUGCCUUCACGGCCUUUGGCGCCAACGCCAUCAUGCCCCUCCUCGGCCUCGGCCUGGUCCUUCGAGGCUCCAACGCCCUGGACGGGCGUCACGUCCCCGUCGACUCCGCCAAGUCGAUCCUGCCCUCCGUCAUCGCCGGCUACGCGAUCCCCACGAUCCUCGCCGCCCUACCGGUCCGGGACCCGCAGCUCCGGCAGGCCGUCACCCUUGUGGCGUCCACGGCGCCCAUAUACUGCGCCGCCCUAGUGAACGGCAUCUCGUCCGUCUUCCAAAGGGUCCGCGACGUGAUUCGGCCCCCCAAGCCCGCGGGGGAGAAGGGCGAGGUCAAGCUGACCGAGCAGGAGGACUUCAUCGCCAUGUACCAGAAGAAGGACGUGGCCCCUCUCAAGCUCACCUACGCGUUCGCGGCCGGGGUCUGCGCCACCGUCCACGUCGUCAGCAUCAUCUACGCGUGGUCCGGCCCCGGUGCCGCAUCCAGCCCGGUGGCCGGAGGCAACGCGUUGUUCGGCCUGGCCUCGGUUGCGCAGACGCUGUACCUGGCCUGGACCUUGCGCUACGAAGGCUUCGUCACGACGAAGCAGGCGAUCCUGGGAGGCCUGGGAUCCGUCGCCAGCAGCCUCCUCGUUGGGCCCGGCGCAGCCCUCUCGGGCUUCUUCUACUGGCGCGAACACGUCAUGUCCAGCCUGGGCAACUAA